CGCAGCGCAGCCAUCACGGAAAAAAGAGCAACUGCGUAGACCGAGGUCUCGAAGACGCAAAUUUUGGAGCUCUGAGAAACCCCUCUCUUCGUAUCAAUUUAAUUCUGUCGUGGCAAGGUCUGCGUUCGAGCUGGCCGUACAUCAUGGGUUUACUGACCGUUUUGAAAAAGACGAGAUCGAAUGAAAAGUCAAUGCGCUUGUUAGUGCUAGGUCUAGAUCACGCAGGAAAGACAAGCAUUAUAAAGAGACUUAAAGGCGAAGACGUGACCACAGUCAGUCCGACGUUUGGAUUCGAUAUUUUCACAUUGAACUACUUGGAUUAUAACCUCAAUAUCUGGGAUAUAGGCGGCCAAAAAUCUCUAAGGGCCUACUGGAGAAACUACUUUGAACAGACAGAUGGAGUCGUAUGGGUCGUCGACUCCUCAGACGAAGAUCGUCUGGAAGAUUGCAAACAAGAAUUUGAUAAAUUGCUGCGGAAAGAAAAGCUCAUGGAUGCGACGCUGUUGAUACUUUCCAAUAAAAAUGACUUGCUUAGUUCUAAAUCUGUCGACGAAAUAUCUGCACAUCUGGGGUUAGAAUUAAUAACAAGAAAGUACAAGAUCGUGUCAUGUAGCGCUAUCACCGGAACGGGUAUUUUAGACGGUAUCAAAUGGUUAGUGGAUGACAUAUCUUCAAGAAUGUUCGCUCUUCAAUAAAAAAGAGUGUAUCUAGCAAACUUUUGUCACAAAAAAACAAUCAACUUCUCAUGUUCGCUUUGUUGUGGGUGAGCAAAUGGAUCGAAUCCAG